AUGGCUGAUAAUGUACAAGUUGUACCCGUUGAAGAACCAACCAUAACAGCCACCGCAGCCGCGAUAACGACUGAAAGCUCCGACAAAAUGGAGUCACAGAGCGAUAAGCCACCCGUCGGAACGUUGAUUACAAUUGUGAACCUUUUCGCCGCCGGUGUACUUCCGAUCUUCACCUUCGUUCUCUCCCUUACACUCCUCGGCUACGCCGUGUGGCUCCUUUACAUGCGUAGCUACGACUGCGAAGAUAUUCUAGGUCUGCCACGUGUCCAGACGCUAGCCAGCGUCGGUCUUCUCGCCGUGUUCGUCGUAAGCAACGUGGCUCUAUUUAUCCGACGGAAGUUUCCGAUGCCGGCACUCGUGGUGAUGGUCGUGAUUCUUUUGCUGAUGUUGUUCAUCGGUUUGGCGUACGCCGGAGUCAACGAGAUGCAAACUCGGCGGUUUCCGGCGACGUGGUCGUGGUUUAAGCUCAAAGUUACGGAUGAUGUGAAUUGGAACAACAUCAAAUCGUGUAUAUACGAUAAAGGAGCCUGCAACGAGCUCGUCUACGGAUCUCCACUAGAUAAACCUUAUAAUAGAAGAAAAAUGCCACCAAUCAAGAAUGGAUGUUGUAUGCCGCCGGAGACAUGUAACAUGGAUGCGAUAAACGCGACGUUUUGGUAUAGAAGAAGAGACGAGGGACCACCGGUGGAGACGGAGAUGAUGUACGGUGGGAUGGUCGGAAGGAUGAGCGACUGUGAGCUUUGGAGGAACGAUUGGAGCGUGUUGUGCUAUGAUUGUAGGUCUUGCAAGUUCGGAUUCGUGAGAUCCGUGAGGAGGAAAUGGUGGCAGCUCGGUAUCUUCUUGAUAGUCAUCUCCAUUCUUCUUCUCAUCUCUCAUCUCUUUAUCUUCUUGGCCACCUUUUGGGAACGAUUCAAUGGUUAA